CGCACCACAAGCGAGGGACCCGGGGCGGAAGAAGAAAAAAACAGGUCCCUCUCGUCUCUCGUCUCUCGCUGCAGAAGGUGGGAACCUCCCCCUUCAUCGAUUUUCCGCGUGGAUUUUUCCGGCCUCCGCUCCGAUCAGAUCGGCGCGGGAGCUCAUUAUGGCAUCAAAACGUAUCCUUAAGGAACUCAAGGACCUGCAGAAAGAUCCCCCCACAUCAUGCAGUGCAGGUCCUGCUGGUGAGGACAUGUUUCAUUGGCAAGCAACUAUUAUGGGACCGCCUGACAGUCCCUAUGCUGGUGGUGUUUUCUUAGUGAACAUCCAUUUCCCACCAGACUACCCCUUCAAACCUCCGAAGGUGUCCUUCAAGACAAAGGUCUUCCAUCCUAAUAUCAAUAGCAAUGGAAGCAUAUGCCUUGAUAUUCUUAAAGAACAGUGGAGCCCUGCUUUGACAAUCUCUAAGGUCUUGCUCUCCAUCUGUUCCCUGCUGACUGAUCCCAACCCGGACGAUCCUCUUGUCCCUGAGAUUGCCCAUAUGUACAAGUCUGACCGGCCAAAGUACGAAUCGACAGCCCGCAGCUGGACACAGAAGUAUGCCAUGGGCUGACGAAUACUUCUGCAGCUUGAACACCGACGACUCGUGUCGUCUCAAGAAAUUGUUUAUGGGCCAUUGUUUCCUUUGAUUUGUUGCCGGUUGUGUAUCCCAGAUCCAUCUAGGAUCAUAUUGUAGUCGGUGUCGGCCUAUCGUCAUUGCCAUCGUUAGUGAGAUGGUCGGACAUGCAUGCCUACUGAUCAACUAUGCUUGUUGGGGACCUUCCUUAGGGUCGCUGGUAUUACUUCACUGCUAAACUGCUGUCACUGCUAAAUGUUCGUCAAAAACACGUUUAUUUCGUUGCC